AACAAAAUAAACUAAAAAGAAAAUAAAUAGAACAUUGAAAAUAUACAAGCUUUUUAUGUCCAUGUUCCGCCCGUGUGCCGGAAAAUGAUGUUUCUGUUUAAUACCGAAUUUUCUUAAUUUACAUUUUUUUCGUUUAUUAUCCAAUGCCCAUCCAUGACAUGUAUAUAAGCGAGCUAUCUCGCGCCAUCUUUUCCACCUAACUAUAUUUUGCGUACCUUCCACUGCGAGUAUAUAUAUAUAUGCUAUAGGGUUAAUGAACAAUAACGCGAGAAAAAGGGCCACAACAUAAAAGUAUGUGAGCGUCCAUUGUUACGUCAGUACAUGUUACUGUGACUUAACAUUCACAAUGCACCGCCUGUUGUUGUGCAGCAUUGUUGUUGUCUUAGUGUUGUUACAACAUAACGUUGUAUUAGGUGAUGCAAACGGUGGAUCAACGUGCGCAGCAUGUUCGUUGAUUGUUGGUUUGGUCGAACAACUCGCUCAAGUUCAUUCCACCGAUGUUAUAACAGCGGCUGAGCAAUAUCUUUGCAACAACUUGCCGUCUCCACUUGAUUCAACAUGCACAGUUUUAUUGGAUAGAUUUGGCCCAUCACUUAUUGAUGCUGCUUACCACAAACAAACACCCGAUAUCAUUUGUCAUAAUAUCGGGCUUUGCACUCAAGAACCAGGCACCAACUUCUGCCAUUUGUUUCCAUUGCCCGAUGGCUUUAAUGGUAAUUACAAGUCACGACCAUAUCCGCCUUUACUUUUAACGAAGGAAGUUCGAUCUAUAGAUGAUUAUCCUAUGUGUGAUCUACCAGGAGUGAAAGAUAUUUGUGAACACAUUAACCGAUUCGCGGACGGCCAUCUUCCCUUACAAGAUAGCGACCUCGACAAGUAUAGCAUUGAUCCAACAUUGAGAGGAUCUCAUUGGAGGGGAAAAGAUUGUGACGACACAAGGAGUGACGUGUACCCAGGAAGACGUCCAAUCAACAUGGAUAUUACUUACGAUUCUAAUUGCAACGGAAUAUAUGGUGCCGAUCCACAAACUGGCCGUCCAUACGAAGAGCUGUAUUGCGCAAACACAAAUCCAAAAGGUGUUGUGAUAUUAGGCGAUUCAGCAGCCGCACAUUUCCAUUUGCCACCUGAGUAUUUUAUGGCAGAAGUCUUAAACAAGGAUACCUUCAAAGAUGUUCUGAUGUUGUUGACUGAUGAGUUCGAUUGGCCGGAACUAUCAGCAAUCACAGCCUUCACUUCAAAUGAGUGGCCAGAAUCCAUCGACGGUCCAGUUGAUUCCAUCUACAUGAAGUUAUACGACAGGAAUAGAUGCAUUCACAGAGAUUUCCAAAAUAUCGGUGUAAAUGGCGCGCGGUCGGGUUCGAUGACAGACAUCGUAAAAAGCUUGGCUCGUAACGCUACUCAAGAUUACCCGCUAUUCAUUGUACUGGCACUAGUUGGAAAUGACGUUUGCAAUGGACACCCAGAUACAAUCGAUCACAUGACCACACCCGAAGAUUACCGAAGCAACAUGAUGACCACUUUACGCUAUUUGGACAACAAUAUUCCUAAAGGCAGCAACGUUAUGCUUGUUGGUUUGGCGGACGGCCGUGUAUUGUGGGAUACUUUACACGACAGAAUGCAUCCAAUCGGUCAAUUAAAUAAGGAUGUGUCGUACAAGAACUUAUACGAUUAUUUAAACUGUUUGGAAGUAUCGCCUUGUACUGGUUGGAUGAACAGCAACGAAACAUUGCGCAACUUAACUUCACAGAGAGCGCAUAACUUAAGUAUUCAAGCAAAGAACAUCGUGGACACCGAACAUUUCCAAAACUUUACCAUGGCUUAUAUGGAUUACGAUGUUCGUGGAUUCAUGGACAUGUGGGAAGACAUGGGUGGACAGGAUUGGGAAGUCAUUGAACCGGUUGAUGGGUUUCAUCCAAGUCAAACCGGACAAUCGUUAACCGCACAAUACAUGUACGACUUGCUCACUACUAACUUUCCGGAUGCUAUCGGCAAAGUCAACGAGAACAAUGAUAAAAUAAUCGCCCAGUUCGGUGGUCAGGGGGGGUAUUAAAGUGGAAGGAAAUGUAAUGUUGGUGAUAUUUGGUAAUUAUUAUUUUGUGGUAAAUAUGUGCGGUGUUAUAUUGAAACGAUAAUAAAAUAAAUAUGAGAUGAA